AAAAUUAUCUUUCAGGUGAAUGUUUUCUACACGGAUACCCGCAAAAGCUGGUUGUUUACUACUUAUCGGAUUUCUUGGAAUCUGUGUAAUUUUACUGACAAAAACGUUCAGUUAUCAAGGAUUCUCUGUUGAUUAUAAGAAAAAUGUGUUUACAAAAGAUGGAAAGACGUUUGACUUUGUGUCAGGGAGCCUGCACUACUUUCGUGUACCACAUCAAUUAUGGCAUGACAGACUUCUUAAAUUGAGAGCAAGUGGCAUCAAUGUUGUAAGUACAUACAUACCAUGGAAUUUUCACGAACCUCAUCCUAGUCAGUACAAUUUUGUAGGUGAUGCAGAUUUAUUCAAAUUCAUUGAGAUAGCGCAAAGCUUAGGUUUGUUUGUCAACAUUCGCCCAGGACCAUACAUAUGUUCUGAAUGGGACCUAGGAGGAAUCCCUUACUUUGUUCUUGGCAGCAAGAAGGAUGGUGUACAGAUGCGGACUAUGGAUUCUAGAUAUCUCAGCCAUGUGGAAUGCUAUUUUAAUGAACUCCUGCCAAGGCUCAAGCCCUAUUUGUAUGAAAACGGUGGGCCAAUCAUCCUUGUCCAAGUUGAAAAUGAGUAUGGAAGUUACAAAGCUUGUGAUUUUGACUACAUGACCUAUAUCACCAAGUUGAUGAGGAAACACCUAGGUGAAACUGCUAUACUUUAUACUGCUGAUGGAUGGGACAUGCACCAUCUUAUAUGUGGCCCAAUUCAUCAUAGUGAUGUCCUGACAACAAUAAACUUUGGGCCUAACUCUGAUCACGAGUCAGCCUUUCAUAGAAUGAGAAGUUUUCAAGGCAAUGGACCACUGGUAAACAGCGAAUUCUACCCUGGGUGGCUUGACCAUUGGGGUGAACCUCAUCAAUGUAAAUCUUCUAACUUGGUUAGGACUGAAUUCACCAAAAUGCUAAAAAGUGCAAUGGGAAACGUCUUUGUUAAUUUUUACAUGUUUUUUGGGGGAACAAACUUUGCCUUUUACAAUGGAGCAAACAUGGCCUUUGAGCCAAAAUAUCAACCUGAUCCUACUAGUUACGACUAUGAUGCACCCAUGACUGAAAGUGGAGAUACAACUCAAAAAUAUUAUGCCAUCAGGAAUGCUAUAAAGGAAAGUCGACCCCAUCUUAUCGAUGAACAUCUCUUAUCAAAGGUUGUCAAUAGUACCAAACAGGGAUAUGGGAGAGUAAAAUUCCACGAAAUCUUAAAAUAUCCUGGUAUAAAAUCUUUAGCAACAAAGCAACUAAACAAUGUGCCAUUGUUUACUUUUGAAGAAUUGCAGCAGGAUUACGGAUUUGUAUUGUAUGAAAAGACCUACAGCAACUUCUAUCAUAAUGCAGAGUUAGAAAUUCCAGAACCAAGGGACAUGGUGUAUGUUUUUGCGGAUGACAAAUAUAUCGGAAAAAUUUACAGGAGUGAAAACAAAAAUUUAACUUUGCCAUCAUUUACAAAACUCGGCUUGUUGGUUGAAAACAUGGGACGUAUAAAUUAUGGUCCCUUUCUCCAUGAUUACAAAGGUAUUGUUGGCGCAAUUAAACUGGGACAAGACGAUGUUUCGAAAGGUGCUGAUUGGAACAUUUGGAGCUUACCAUUGAACAACACCGAACUCGCUCAAUUUGAAACAAUAAAAAUACAGCCAGGACCUGGCAGCAUACUGCGUGGAGAGUUCACAAUACAUGGAAAACCAGCUGACACAUGGGUAAAAAUGUCUAAAUUUGGUAAAGGAGUCAUAUUCAUCAAUGGCAGGAAUCUCGGCAGGUAUUGGCCGAUUAAGGGACCUCAGAAAAAUCUUUACGUUCCGUCUGUCUUCCUGAACACCGGAAUCAAUGAAAUGGUUUUACUUGAACUUGUACAGAUGCCAUCAGAGAAGGACCUGUACGUUGAGUUGGUCGGGUAUCCUGAUGUUGGGUCUUGUAAUUAAUUUUGAAAUGUUUUUUACCGGACUUAGCUCAUCUUUAUUUUAUAUUAUUUUGAACUACUGUGCUAGAUAAUGAUAUGGAUGAGUUGCCAAGAUAAUAUUAGGCUUGUUUAAUGCAGCCACAUUGUAUAAUAUCGGAUUUAUUGACCUUUAAAGGCAAUACAUAUUAUCAUGAAUAAUUCCCUGUGUUAGAAAAUCUAAUAGAAAUGGCUUAUGAGUUGUGAAUGUGGUCGAUUAAAAUUGAUCGAUCUAUGAAAGCUUGGCUGAUUGAAAGUCAAAUCCUCUGACUCUAGUCUCUCAUCUCAGCAUGUCUAGAAAACUAAUUAUUAUAAACCCGCGAUAUGGACUCCGCUCUCUUGUUAAUUGAGGACGCCAUAUCAUUUUAAACCACAAAUUCUAGGGAAUAAGACACAUUAAUUCAGAAUGGUGAAUUAUACGUAAUGCAUGCCUUUCAAGUUUCAAGCAUGUUUGAAUUCUUAUUCAAGAUCAGAAGCUUUUAGAAUUCUUCAGUUAAUUUAUUUUCAGUUUUUAUAAUUAAGUUCGACACUGUUCAAAAAAAACCUUACAUCUAGUUAAACUUACAUUGUUAUCCAUCUAGUUAAAUGAGGUUAAGUCUUUAUGUCAAUAUCCAAUAUUAACAGAUUUUUAUUUCACAUUCAUGUCCGAUUGAAAUGGACAGAUGGACGUUGGCCUCUGGCCCAUCCAGUUCUAAAAUUUGUGACCGUUAUCUUUUUUAUAUCAAGACAGUGUGGAAUUUCAGUUUUCAAACAUAAUUUUACGAAUUGAGUUGAUUGUAUAUUAAGAUAAAUCCACUACAUGCUGCUUAUUUUUAGAGGA